GCCCUUGAAAUCUACAGAAGAAUCCCAAGAGGCAAGAUCUCUUCCAGUAGGCCAAUGUAUGAUCAUGAUCAUCUUAUAUAUGCAUGUCACUCUAUUUGUCCCACAUCGACUUGAUUAUGAUUCUGUCUUCAAUAUAUAAAUUUAAAAUACCUUCUCCACUUUCAAAACCUUUCUAAGAGAGUGAUGGGCUAAUUCUAAUUCGGUGCAUUUUUCUUUUGGCACAUGCCGUCGUAAAUAUUCGUUUUUGUCCGGAACAUGUAAAUAUGUAAUUGGAGUUUCCGGGUCGACCAAGGUAUAUAUCAGCUGGAAAUUAGUUAUAUUGAAACUUUUCCAUAUCACAAAAAACUUGAACAAUAACUUUGAGCAACAUGUCAUCGCCAUCAUCAUCAAUUUUCCAGCAGCAUCAAGCUGAUGAUAGUCAGUUUCUCACACAUCCAUCGCUAAUAUUUCUUCUCAUCACUCUGUUCUCCGCAUGGAUGCUGAACAAGUACGUAUUCACGAAGCACCAUCCUUCAAAAAAGCUACCGCCAUCUCCGCCAAAGCUACCGGUGAUCGGAAACCUCCACCAGCUCGGCGUGUUGACUCACCGCUCACUCCAAUCCUUAGGCGCAAAGCACGGCCCGAUCAUGCUUCUUCACUUCGGCAGGAAGCCCGUGAUCGUCGUUCAAUCAGCCGAUGCAGCAACGCAGAUCAUCAAAAAUCACGAUCUCAUCUUCUCCGAUAAGCCCCACAACGCAGCAAUAAGGCGACUCUUGUAUGAUCUCAAGGAUAUAGUAACCGCUCCUUACGGCGAAUACUGGAGGAGACUGAAAAGCAUUUGUAUCCUCCAACUAUUCAGCAGGAAAAGGGUGGAAUCGUUCGAGUUUAUUAGGGAGGAAGAAACGGCGCUUCUCCUGAAGGAGAUUGAAUCUUCCUGCACUUCGUCUUGCUCCCCUGUAAAUCUCAGCCGACUGUUUGAUUUGCACGCGAACAAUGUGAUCUGCAGAGCAGCUACCGGGAGGAGGUACAGCGGCAAGAGACUGCCGGCGCUUCUCAGGGAGUUGUUCAAGCUCAUGGGAGCUUUCGAGAUUGGAGAAUUCGUUCCAUGGCUUUCGUGGAUUAGUAGUGUUAAUGGCUUCAAUAAAAGAGUUGAUGAGGUCUCCAAGGAACUCGAUGAAUUCUUGGAGAUAGUAGUUCAAGAUCACCUUGAUGGAUGCCUAGAAAGCACUCAUGCAAUGGCUGGAAACACACAGAGUUUUGUUGACAUUCUGCUCAAGGCUUCUAUUGAUAGAGAUGGUAUCAAAGCAGUCAUUCUGGAUAUGCUAGCCGGAGGAACCGAUACUACAUCUGCAACGCUGGAAUGGGCCAUGUCAGAACUCCUACGACACCCUGUAGCGAUGACCACCUUGCAGAGAGAAGUAGGAGGAAUUCUCAAAAACAAACGCCACAUAACCGAGGAUGACUUGUCAAGAAUGCAGUAUCUAAAAGCUGUGAUAAAGGAAACCCUACGUUUGCAUCCACCAAUCCAACUUUUGGGGCGAGUAGCACGACAAGAUAUUACAGUUAUGGGAUAUGAAAUCAGGGCCGGCACAUUGGUCGUCACCAAUUUAUGGGCUAUCAGCAGAGAUCCUGCAUCUUGGGACCAACCAGACAAGUUCCAUCCCGACAGGUUCCUAGAUUCUCCGCUAGACUUUAAGGGUCUCCAUUCCAAAUUUAUGCCUUUCGGCUAUGGGAGACGAGGCUGUCCGGGGACCGUGCUUGCAAUGGCAAGCGUGGAGCUCGUGCUAGCAAGUCUUGUGCACAAAUUCGAGUGGAAACUGCCUGUGGGAACAGAAUGUGAGGAUUUGGAUGUAAUGGAACAGCCCGGUGUUACUCUUCGUAGAAAGCAUCCUAUUCUUGUUGUCCCAACUCAUUGUCAUUUGUAA